GUCACCAGACAGGGAUUCUGGGGAGGACCCUCCAAACAGGAGAAUGGAAUCUCCACUCAGCCUGGGCAGGUUCUUGACUUAACCACUGAGAAUUCAGACUCAUCAAAAGCAAGGCACAAGCAAAGAUUUAUUUAAAGACAGCAAAGUGUCUAUACCCAAAGACGGUGUGGGCGCCUUCGCCUCUCGGAGAAGAGGAGAUAGGCGAUGUGCCCGGGGCUGAUCUCUGUGAUUAUGAAUGUGAUUUUCCUGGGAAGAAAUAUGCAGGUUCUCAGGCAAGCUUCUUUGAAAAGCAAGACCCAUGAUAAUCAUUCUAUAUUUGGGGUUCAGAGUGUUUCUCUUUGGUCAAGCAGUUUAACCAUAAAUCAUUUGUGGGCACAUUGUAUAAGUCUUUGAAUCUGGUGACACUUAAAUUAAUUAUGUUUUUGUUCUAGUUGAUCCAUUACAGGCACACACUGGAGGUGUUUUCCAUCUAAGGGGAGGGACAAGCAUGGCUGGCCAUGGACCCGGGUCUCCGUCUACUCAGGGUCUCUGUCCCUGUCUCCCUGAGUCCGUCUCCCUCAGGCAGAUGAGGCGCUGGGGGAGAAGAGAACUGUCAAUCACCAUGACAUGCAGGGAAGGAGUUCUGCUUUGCUUGUGGGGGUUCUCCACAGUGACAUUGUUUUUCAGUGACAUUGGAGAAGUAGGUGUUGUGAGUAGGUCCCUUCUGCUCACAUGUGGCCAAGCUUGGCUUUUUAAUAGGUUAUUAUUAAUUAUUGCAUCUAGAGAUUAUACCAUUGUUCACUGACCAUAUUGUUAUAGUGGACAUUUUAGGCUCUUUAUGACCAGCAUAAACAAGCCAUGGUGAGUGUCCUUUUGUACAAAGUCUUGCUCCAUAUAGUGAUUUUCAAACUUUUUUAUGCUUGUCCUGGGUCUUCGUGUCAUCCCCUGUCAAGUGGAGAUAACAGUAGGACCUCACGGCCUUGUAACCAGAUAAGAUAAGGCAGAGCCUAACCAGCAAGUCCUAGUCCUGGCAGGCCAGGGGACCCAGCAGGUGCACACUCUCCACCCUCCCAUUUGUCCAUAAGGUCAUCAUGUUGGGGAGCCUUAUGCCCACCAGGCCAUGAAGCCCUUGAGAGGCACAGAGUGUGUGUGGCUCUCUUACUGGGCUCCUACUGUGUCCCAGGCACAGCUCUAGGAACCUGAUAAACAUUAUCUGUGACCCUCAAAGUAGCCCUGCAAAGUCAGGGCAGCAUCCCCAUUUCACAGGCAAGGACACUGAGACCCGGAGGAGCCUGAUGAGCUCUCCAAGGCUGCACAGUGACCUUCGGCAGAGGAGGACUAAAACCCAGGUCCCUGGUUGCCUCUCACACGCCCAUUUCCUUUUCUGUCUUUCUGUCCAGACCUGUGACAGGGGCCGAGUGGCCUCCACCCUUCGCUAUUGCAUGACGAUCGGCGGCAUGGUGUUUCUGGUGGCCGGGACGCUCUGCUUCGCUUGGUGGAGUGAAGGGGAUGCAGGUGCCCAGCCUGACCAGCGGGUCCCACCUGCUGAGCACGCCGUGUCCCAGGCCCCUAGACCCCUGCUCAGGUCUGUCAGCUUCUUCUGCUGUGGAGCAGGUGGCCUGCUGCUGCUCUGCGGCCUGCUGUGGUCCUUCAAGGCCAGCAGGCGGGGGCCACCCCGGUGGGACCCAUACCGCUUCUCCAGAGACCUGUACUACCUCACUGUGGAGACCUCGGAGGAGGAGAACUGCAGGACCCCAAAGGUGGUUGCCAUCCCUACUUAUGAGGAGGCCACGCACUGUCCACUGGCUGAGGGGCCCCCAGCACCAACUGUGUGCCCCAAGGAGGAAGGCCAGAAGUGUGACGACGCAGGGGAUGCCCUGCUGGGGACUCCGCCCCCCUUGGCUCCGCCCAGCUACGAGAGCGUUUUCCUUGCUCUUGAUGCCUGUUCUGGAGACACAACACCUGCUCCAGGUGCUGCAUGCUCCUUCCCAGGCCUGGCUCAGACUGCAGGGCGGGAUGGGGCGAGUUACAGGCUCCUCGUAGGCCCUGAAACUUGCCACAAAAGUGAUGUGUCAUUUCCAGGGUCUCCUCCAGUGCCUGGUAUGCAGUAAGCACCCAACCAUAUGCUGUUUUAAGUGUCUAUUACUGUGUAACAAACCACCCUAAAAUUCAGUGAGUUAAAAUAAAUUCUAUUUUAUUAUGUCUCACAA